AUGGACGCCAGGAUAUUGCUUUUGCUCGUUUGUUCUGCGGCGUUUUUCGCCGGGCUGCAGUGCGCCUCGACGAGGACCACGGCGGGGAUGGAGCUCCCCGACGCCGGAUUCGGCAACGUUAACGGCGGCGGCGGCGGCAGCAGCGGGGAAACCGGGAGCAAACGGGACUCGAACCAGACCCUGAACUCCAGGCUGAAGAGGAAAACCCUGGCGGUGGACUUCGCGGUGCCCUCUCUGUUGCGCUAUUACCUGGCGGAGUUCAUCAAGAGACCCCUGAACGGCGACUGCCAGACUUUCAGCGGGUGCUACACGGUGCGCGCAAACUUGAAGAUGCGCUGCACCCCCCUGCAGAAGACCGUCGCCACUUUCGCGGACUCCGCGCCGGGGAACGCGUCCGCAGAGGGACGGCUGCCCUUCUCACACUCGCGGCCGCUGUCCAAAGUUCUGAAACUGGGCUUGACGAAGGCGAGCAGGAAGUCGAACCAAGUUGUGGUGGAAAUAGGAGAGGAUCUAGUGCGGACGGGGUGCGGGGGCUUGUCCGUGCACGACGAGGCCCCUGCGCUUGAUCUGGAAAUGGACCUCGCAACUAUUCUGGAGUGGUGGCUCGGCGCGGAGGGGGGCCGGCUCCGGGUCCGGCUCAUGCCCGAGAAAAAGGCGCAGGUGCCCGGCAUGGAGGAUCGCUACACCGCGGCCAUACGCGCUGCGGACCCGCGCCUCUUCCUCCAGAUAUCCUCCAGGGGUGAACCGUUGGCUGGAAGAGCUGCUGCUGGCAUUCCUAGAGGGUACUGGAGCUUCUCCUGGGUGGCCGAGGACGACCUGAGCUUUCCCGGUGACUACGUGCCCACGUCAGAUCACCGAUGCCCUGGCAGUAGCAGAACAUGCGACCAGCACCUGGAGGCUAUCCCAGAGUUCACAUGGAGCAUAGUGGCUGCCGGGGACCAGCGGGAGGAAAGGAACGAGAAAAGCGAGAAGAAGGCAGGAAGCCCCCAGGGCUGGGAGGAAGGUAAGAACGAAGGCCAGUUCCUCUGGGUGAACAGCUCAGCCUUUGGCGGCCCCUGGGUGCUAAGUCCUUGGCUGUGGGGGGGCCAGGGCCCCUGUAGCCUGGACAUGGCUGUGUUCCUCCACCCCAAGCAAAGUGGGCAAUACACCAUAUGGCUCAUAGAGCGGGACAAACCCCCACUUGCCCUCUUCUCCACUGACACGCUGCCACGCAUCACAGGCUGGGCAGUGGUCCACCUCACCCUGGGGACCCACGGAAGAUCACCCUUCCGGCUCUCAGCCAGCUACGAUCAGCGGGUUCCACUGGAUGACAUGGCCACCAUCGAGCCCCACUUCACCACCAACUGCACCAUGGCGUCCUUGCCCGGCCCUAAUGUCACCCUGGAGGGCCAGUACCACUGUCACCAGGGCCCCGGGAUCCCACUGGACAAACUGUGUGACUUCAGCACGGACUGCCCACUCAGCGACGACGAAGGCGACCUAUGUCGACACUUUCUCAACGGCAGCUACUGCUCCUUUGAAGAGGGGGAAUGCGGUUGGCAGUCGGUAUCAGGCCGCGGUCUCUCCUGGAGAAGACUCCAGUCGCCAGCCAAGGCUACCAGACAGAGCUGCCCGUCUUCAGGUGCUACGGUCAGUGUGGAAGGAGGCCAGUCCAAAGGCCAGCGGAGCUCAGCGAUACUGAGGAGCCCCCUCUUCCCCCCACCCCUGAGAAACUCCCCGUGCACGGUGCGAUUCUGGCUGUGUUCUGGAGGCUUGCAGAGGGGGUCGUUGUCUCUGUGGAUAGCUGAGAACGCCACAGGCCCUGAGGAGCAGCGCAGACUGUGGCAUUCAGCCAGCCAACCCAAAUCUGAAAGGGGCUGGAAACUUGUCAUAGUCCCCCUUUACGGGCUGGCAGACUGGUUUUGGCUGCAGUUCAGCGCUGAAGAUGGACCUGGACCCGGCUCAGCCAUCUCUAUCGACAACAUCUCUUUCAGUAUGGACUGCUUCCUGGCAUCCAACGGUGAGUUUCCACCUGUGGUCGCCAGCUCAACCAGGCUGCCCUUCAGACCGACCAACAGGACUACGCCCCCGGUCAUUGGAAGCGAUUUGAUAAACUUCCCCGCCACGGAUUACUCACCAUACAUGGGCUGCAACAAAGUAAGUGUGCCCCCUACUGGCCUGCAGCACGUCCACCAUCAGGAGAAUGUCAAUGGAGGCACUUACACAGACUUGACAUUUCCCACCUCGCAGUCUCUCACGUCCAAGCUUCAAAAGGCCAAAAAAUGGAUUUUUCAUACCUGCGGGGCUGUUGGACCUGAAGGCCCGACUCCCACCCAGUGCCUCAACUCCUACAGGAACAGCAACAUCAACGUGACUGUAGGCACCCGAGGGCCCUUCAAAGGCAUUCAAAAGUGGCGGGUCCCCGAAACUGGCACCUACAGGUUCACAGCCUACGGUGCAGCUGGGGGUCGAAGCGUGAUGGCCAUGAGCAGGUCACAUGGUGUCUACAUCACAGGAGACUUCCUGCUCAGGAAGGGCGAGUUCCUUUACGUCCUGGUCGGACAGCAAGGAGAGGAUGCCUGCCCCAAUUCCAACGGCAUGCUGAAUAGGAUCUGCCUGGAACAGAGUGGCCCCAUGGUGAACAAAACCCAAGUGAAAGGGGGUGGAGGAGGAGGUGGUGGGGCCACGUAUGUGUUCAAGGUUGACAAAGAAGUGUAUAUCCCCCUCAUCAUCGCUGCUGGGGGAGGCGGCCGGGGCUACAGCAGCCUAUCAGAAACCCAGCUGGAGCAGAUGGACUAUGACCCCAGCCAACCGGGACGCAGCGGGAAGUCAAACGCUGCAGGUGGAGGCGGGGGUUGGAAUGAUAGUGCUCCUGUCAGUCAGGGGGGCAGACCGCUGGUGCUCGGAGGCCAGGGAGGGCAGGCCUGUCAAAAGUUCUGGCAGACCCGCGGCGGCUUCGGGGGUGGUGGAGGUGGCUGCAUGUCGGGUGGAGCCGGCGGAGGCUACAGAGGCGGCAACACCUCCAUAGAUAACAACCCCAAACACGACGGUGACGACGGCACGUCCUUCCUCGGUCCAGAGGGACAGCCCUUCCUCCACCCUCUGAAAGCUAUGGAGGGGGAUGGCGAGGUAAUCAUCAGUCCGGUGCAGAACUGCAGCCACUGUGAGAGCGAUGAAUGCCAUGAGACCCAGGACGGCAUCGUCUGCUACUGUGAUAUUGACCUGAUCCUGGCACUGGACGGGGUGUCCUGCAUCAACGCUACAGAGGUGUCCCUGCUGCCUCUGCAGCCGUCUCUCUCCCACCUGGCUCUGGGUCUGUCUGUGGGCACCUCCGCCCUCAUCGCCGCCCUGCUGCUGGCUGUGUCCGGAGUCAUGAUAAUGUACAGACGUAAACACACAGAGCUGCAGUCUAUUCAGCUGGAGCUGCAGAGUCCAGACUGCAAGCUCAGCAAGCUGCGGGCAUCCACCAUCAUGACCGACUACAACCCCAACUACUGCUUCGCCGGCAAGACGGCGUCCGUCAACGACCUGAAGGAAGUACCGCGGCGUAACAUCUCCCUCACCAGGGGCCUGGGUCAUGGUGCCUUUGGUGAAGUCUAUGAAGGGCUGGCAGUGGGGAUACCAGGUGAACCGAGCCCACUGCAAGUGGCAGUCAAGACCCUUCCUGAGGUCUGCUCUGAGCAAGACGAAUUGGACUUCCUCAUGGAGGCUCUAAUUAUCAGUAAGUUCAGCCACCAGAACAUUGUGCGUUGUAUAGGAGUCAGUCUGCAGGCCAUGCCCAGGUUCAUUCUGUUGGAGCUGAUGGCCGGAGGUGACCUCAAGUCCUUCCUGAGGGAGACCAGACCCCGGCUGGAGCACCCGUCCAGCCUGACCAUGGUGGACCUUCUCAACGUGGCCAGAGAUAUAGCUAAGGGCUGCCAGUAUCUGGAGGAGAACCAAUUUAUACACAGGGACAUUGCAGCUCGGAAUUGCCUACUGACCUGCAAAGGGCCGGGCCACGUCGCCAAGAUUGGGGAUUUUGGGAUGGCUCGAGACAUUUACAGGGCAAGCUAUUACAGGAAGGGUGGGCGCGCCAUGCUGCCAGUGAAGUGGAUGCCACCAGAAGCCUUCAUGGAGGGCAUCUUCACAUCUAAAACAGACACGUGGUCAUUUGGGGUUCUGCUGUGGGAGAUCUUCUCAUUAGGCUACAUGCCGUAUCCGAGUCGCAGUAACCAGGAAGUGCUGGAGUUCGUAACCAACGGUGGAAGAAUGGACCCACCGAAAAACUGCCCUGGGCCGGUGUACCGUAUUAUGACUCAGAGUUGGCAGCAUCAGCCUGAAGACAGGCCCAACUUCUCAACAAUCCUGGAGAGAAUUGACUACUGCUUACAGGACCCUGAUGUGGUGACCAUGCCCCUGCCUAUAGAGUAUGGACCCAUCCCCGAAGAGGAGGAGCGAGUACCCAUGCGCCCUGAUGACCCCUCAGCUCCAACCGUGCAGGUGAAUGCCCAGGUGCCUGAUGGGGAGGUUCCACCCCCAUCCUAUCCUACUGAGGACAGCCGGAGAGGUGGGGAGCACACGGUCGAGACCAGCACAGCAUCCGAGGCCAAAGCACAGACGUCGGCCCAGUCCCAGCCGUACCUCCACCAGCACCAGCAGCCUCACACGCAGACCUCCAUCACCAUGACAACCACUAACACAGUCACCUCCACAGCCAACUCCACACUCACUGCCAAGGGAUCUCACGUCGCCACUCAGCCCAGCCCUGAGGGGGGCCACAUCAACCUGGCGUUCACCCAGGGCCACGCGCCAGACAAGGAGGGCCACAACGGGAAGAGCACCAGUCUCUGGAACCCAACAUACGGCUCGUGGUUCCUGCAGCAGAGGAAGCAGCAGCAGCAGGCACAGCAGCAGCAGCAGAGGCAGGGAGGGGGGGGAGCGGGCGGGAGCAGUGGCAGGGUGCCUGGCGAGGGGCAGGAGCAUGUGGGCCGGACUGUGGCCGAGGUGGCGGGGGCGCUGGGUCUCCAGCACCAGCACAAGCAGUACCAACAGCAGCUCCAGCAGCAGCAGCAGCAGCAGCUCCAGCAGCAGCAUCAGCUCCAGCAACAGCACCAACUCCAGCUGCUGCACCAUCAGCAGCAGCAGCAGCAGGGUCUUUGCAGACCUCUGUUACCCCCACCGCCACCUCCUGCUGCCCAGUCGCCUCUGCUUUUAGAUUCCGCCACCUUGCCCCCUGUUCCCCUCUACAGACUGAGACGGUUCCCCUGUGGGAACAUCGGCUACGGCUACCAGGAGCAGGGCCUGACCCUGGAGGCCGCUCACGGUAACCCCAACCCCCCUCCUCCGGCCCCUCAGCCACAGCAGGGCAUCUCCAUGCCCUCCUCAGCAGCCCACCAGAGGGGGGUCUCCAUUCCCACCUCAGUGUCCCUGGGUCGGUCGGGUUUGUCCGAGGACAGCCGUCCACUGCUAGUCACCAUGGGGACCGUACAGGACCCCAGGCUGCCCAGGAUGGAGGGCCACAACGCCACCGUGCUUUAGCCCUAAUGCCUGUAUUGCUGGUCUUUUUUUUUUUCUUUCUCGGGCAUGGUCUUUGGAGACUGCGUGUUCAGGACACAUGUGAGGAAACACUGCGUCAGGACAGAGACUGUUUUACACCACCCCUACCGUCCCACCAUUUUGGUUUCACCCUCCAGUUCUCACUGUAACUGAGCUGAAUGAGUCCAUC